GUUCUAAAAUAGAGUUAGGAUAGAAAAUGGAGAAGAUCUCAUCUGGCGGAGUGUGUGUAUUGCUUAAAAAAAAAAAAGAAGAAGAGAAGGGUGUGUAUAUUAGAAACAUUUGGAUCUGCAAAUAAAAAUCAUAGAAAAUGAUAUUAUUGGGCCAAGCUUGGGUUGCCCAAAUCCGUUUAACAGAUUCCUCGUGCAUCUCUAUCUCCCAAACCGAAUAUCAACUUCCUUCCUCCGUUGUUCUCAGUGUUCACUGAAACAGAGCUGUCGCCUCCGAACAUGAACGUUGCUGCUGAUUCGUGAUUGUUUUCGUCCUUACUAAUUUGUCUCCGAAGCACCUUAUUGUCAAGGAGAUGAGUUUGGAUAAGAAUCCGUGUGUAUUUUUCGAUGUAUUAAUUGAUGGGGAUCCCAUUGAAAGAAUUGUUAUUGAGCUUUUUUCUAGCAUAGUUCCUAAGACAGCGGAGAAUUUUCGGGCACUUUGUACAGGCGAGAAGGGGAUUGGAGAAGCAACCGGGAAACCUUUGCAUUAUAAAGGAACAUGUUUUCAUCGUAUAAUUAAAGGUUUUAUGGCUCAAGGUGGUGAUUUUUCAAUGGGCAAUGGCACUGGUGGAGAAAGUAUAUAUGGAGGAAAGUUUGCAGAUGAAAAUUUCAAACUAAAACAUGACGGACCUGGUGUCCUUUCUAUGGCUAAUUCUGGUCCUAACACCAAUGGAUCUCAGUUUUUUAUUAUAUUCAAGCGCCAGCCUCAUCUUGAUGGGAAACAUGUUGUUUUUGGAAAAGUUACUAAGGGAAUAGAGAUUCUGAAGAAAAUGGAGCAGUUGGGAACGGGGGACGGGAAACCUACCCAGCCAAUUAAAAUUGUUGAUUGUGGUGAAGUCUCUAAAGCAAAAACUCAGCAUACUGUUGAAAAGGAGAAAGGGAAAAGGAGUAAGUCAGCGAAAUCCUUAACUUCUGACGAUAGUUCUGAUGCUGGCAAAAAGUUAAGUAGAAAAAGAAAAACAUCUUCCAAAGACAGGAAGAAGAGAAGGAAGAGAUACUCAUCGUCUGAUAGUGACAGUGAUAGUUAUUCGUCAGAUUCGGAAUCAGAUUCCGAAUCAGAUUCACCUUAUUCUGAUUCAAGUUCUUCUAGCUAUGGGAAACACCAGAAGAGAAAAAGAAGUAAACGCGGACAUGGGAAGAAGAGAAGUAUUGGACGUAAGCAGAGAAGAAGCAAGCACAGUCAUAGAAGAUCAAGACACAAGUCCAAAAGGAGUUCUGAAGGUUCAAGUGAUACAGAAAGUGACAGUUCUAGUGCUAGUGAUAGUAGUUCUGGUGAUAAGAAAGCUGAUCGUCAUGUCUCUGGUCGUAAAAAACAAGCUGACAACAAAACUAAAAAAAACCUAGGCACAGAAAAGCAAUCUCCUAGCCUUCCGUUACAAAGUCCAACCAGUCCAGAACUAGAGGUGGAUCCCAAGGUUAGAACGACUGUGGAAAAGCAAUCACACGAAGAAGGUGAAUUGUCUCCAGAAAAUGGUGAAUUUCUGAAUAACGGGCAUGAUACUCAAGCUGAAUUUAAUAAGCCAACUAAUCAACGGACUUAUUCAGAUGAUUCAAAUCACAAUAGAGAUACGAGUCCUGGAAGAAGUCCUGCUAGGAGUCCUACCAAGAAUUCUAGAGAGCUGAACCAAGGACGUGCUCUAUUGGCUAGUCCUGACCAUAAAGCAUCUGAACCUGCUGCCUCCAAACAUGGCCGGGGAAAUUCAAAAAGCCCUUCUCCAAAUGGUACGCCAAAGCGCGUUAAAAAAGGACGAGGCUUUACUGAGCGCUUUGCCUUUGUACGCAGAUAUCGUACUCCAUCUCCAGUGCAGUCUCCUCGUUCAUAUCGUUAUGGGGAUAGAAAUAUUAGAAGGAACUUUGAUAGAAAUACAAGCUACAGAAGCUAUUCUGAGCGCUCGCCACCACGACGUUUUCGCAGCCCACCAAGGGGCAGCCGUCCCAGAUACCAAAGCAGAAGAAGUCGGAGCAGGAGCAGGAGCAUCUCCCGCAGUCCAGUACGUGGCCGUUAUAGAGAUAAUGGCCGUGGCCGGAGUCCAAUACGCAGCGUUAGCCCGGAAGGAAGGCGACCUCCCAUAAGUGACAAAUUAAAAUCUCGACUUGGUGCUCGAGGUAGUCAACAAUCUCCCGACAGAGCGAGGUCAAAGUCAAAUUCGAGAAGCAAGGGCUCUUCUCGUUCCAGAUCCCCUGAUGCUAUACCCCCAAGACGUUAUGAUAAAAGGACUUCCGUAUCUCGCAGCAGGUCCAGAUCAAGCUCACCUGGACACAAAGGUUUGGUUUCCUAUGGAGAUGCUAGUCCCGAUUCAGGGGCUAGGUAGGUAUUAUGCUGGGACAGAAGGGUUUGGUUUCUUAUGGAACAGCUCUCAAGUCCAAACAGGAGCUGAAAUUGCUAAACAUAGCAAGUUUCGACUGAAGACCUCGGAGAUAUAUGGGAAGCUGUGUGGGGCGCUGCUUGGCUGCUUAAAAAUUGUCAUGUCUUUAGUGGACUCUGAUGUUAAGCCUGAAGCCAAGAGACAGUUGAAGUAUUGUGUGUUGGCUUAAAAAAACAAGCCUUUGUUGGUUGAAGAAAGGAUUUUGGUGCCAAAACUUGAAUUGAUAUUAUUUGACUUCAACUGUCACGUUUGUGUUUAUUAUUUUUUCCUGAAAUAGUUUUGUUGACUGUUUAAUAAUCCUUUCCAAGAGUAGAGGACCUGAACUAACAAUUAGGUUGGUUUGGGUUCUUCCUUAAAACAAACCAAAAAAACUAAACAUCUAUUGAUUCAGUUUGAGUCUUGCAACAUUCAAAAUAAAUUAUUCGUGACUUA